GCUUCUGAAGUAAUGUAUAAUUAGGAAUAGCAUGAAAUUAUCGACUAUGCAUUGAUUUGUAUCGAUUUUUUCGUGUCAUAAAAUAUGCACGAAUUGCGUCGCCAUAUUGUUGAAAAAAUACUCUUUGUAUAAUUAUGUAUUUACUGCGACUGUAGCUGUUGUAAAUUAAUCGAAUUCUGCUAUCAAACAGGGAAAGAAUGGAGGUGCUGGACAGAUUCAUGCUAGAUCAAAAGGUGGAAUCUGUUAAGGAAGAUCCAGUGCAGCGACAAAUCCUUCGGAUUUUAUUGAAAUAUGAAAUGCAAUCACUGUUGCAAAGACUUGCUGAGAUAGGGGAGGAAAGUGUUGUUGUAACAGCGAAUGUUGUAGAUGGUACUCACUCAGUGCUUUCCACAGACCAGGGAGAAAAAUUCUUACAUGAUGGAGUUGUCUCCCAUUUUAUGGACCAUUUUGUCCGUUUUCUUUUUACUGGUGAAACACACAGUCUAGCUGGUGAUGUAGCAGGUUCUUCAGGCUGUUGUAGUUUGAAACAAGGAAUUUGUCAAAGAGAAAACAACCAUUCAAGGUCGUCUGUUAGCUCAGAUGAACCGGAAACUUUCAUGCACAUGAAAAAGCAUCAGAUAGAACAGUUUAAUCGCAAGAAAGAUCACGAGGAUAAAGCUAUUGAUGAAACUGUGUCGAAAUUAGUGAAAAACAUUUUACGAGAAGGUAAAGAAAAGGAGAGAAAAAACAGCUCCACAUCAUGCAGCACAAGCCUUCCGCCACUAAGAAGGAAACGCUCGUUCAAUUUUCAUAAUACAUUUAAUCCUAGUAGUUUUAAUACAGAAGGUUGUUCGGAACCGAAAAAGAUUCCUAUUGCACAAUUCUUUCCGACAAUAUCUCCGGGGGCAGGCAGAAAUGUUAAGAAUGAUGAAUCAGCUGGGUUAAAUGAUACAGUGCAAGAAAAUGACACUAGAAGUGCUGAAACAUCAGGAGAUAAAGUAAUAACAAUUAAAAUUGAGCCGAAUGACAUGGAGGAAUAUGGUGGUAAUGUUGAUAAUGAGAAUAAAGUGGAAGAAGGAUCGCAGAGUAAAGAUUUUGUUGUGUAUAUCGAUAGUGACUGUUCAAACCAGGAAAGAACUAGCGGAAAUGCAGUUUUAAGUUCAAGGUCAGUUAAAUCUAAAGGCAGGGAAGAGAUAAUUAUCGUUCAGAAAAAUGGUUACCAUGACAACAGUUUGGAGGAAUCAGAUAUUUGUGAAGUUUCUCAAGAAGAUAAGAAUAAGGAAGAAAAGAAUAAGGAUAGUGAAAUUGUAAGGGUGCGGAGAGAAGAGGAGGAGAUAGCUCUGCCUAUGGUCGAAGAAUUUUAUCAAAACAGGGAUAAAUGUUUGGAAGACGUGAAAUUAACAGCAGAAGAAAAGUCGACUAAUACCCCAAUAACACCAAAUAUAAGUUGUUACAAACAGUCACGGAAGAAAUCGAACACUUUCAACCUUAUGCUGAAUGGUUAUCUAUACAUCAAGGACAAACAGAGCAGUAGCGGAACAGUGUACUGGAAGUGCGGACGGCCCCGAUGUAAGGGGCGAGUCAUACAAAGGGGUCAGGAACUUAUCACAUCACAGAUACAUAUACAUGGACCUUCCGACUGAAGACAUUAUGUUCCAAAGACAAAUCCUUUUGGAGAAGUUCUUUGUAGCUUAUGUGGGGCAGAUUUGUACUGGUAUGAAAUUCAGGCAGGCUGAUAAGUGAACUACUGCAGCAUGUGACUGAUAAACUUUUGAUAGUAGGCAUUUAACUGGACACAGCAGUCGUAGAGGUGAUAAUUGUACAGGAUUGUACUUCUGAAAAUGGAAAUUUUGCAGGAUUGUGACGUUGGAAAACACUCAGAAAUUUGAAUGUUACCUAUUUCUCUCUGAAGUAAUCUUAUUUCCAAGACUUGGAUUUGCAGAGUUGCUGAGAUUUUGUGUCCAGAACUGUUACCAGCAGAUGAAGAUUUUUAUGCCAUUUUAAAUUAUUACAGUAUGUAUAAGGCUUAUAGUAUUUUGGAAUUCUUUGCCUUAGAAGCCUUGUCAAGUGAUAACAUAUUUGAACAAAUCAUUGGGGAGACAAACUUUAGUUUAUGGGUGUAUGAACACCUGGUUAAAUAUUUUUUUGCCAGAAAAGUUUUAAGAAGAGCUGUGCAAUUUGCACUGUAUAUAUAAGUCUAUAAUAUUGUGAAGUUAAGAUAAAUGCCACAACUUGGUUAAUAGGAUAUUCACGAAUUCAGCGGAAACAGUGUGUGCAAUUUCAGCUGUGAAUAGAGUUUAUUAUAAUUUGACUGCACAGUUAGUGCUUUAUGGCUAGUCUAAAGUUAUUCACCAUAUUUUGUAGGGCUAAAGUGAAAAAACUGUUUAGAGUUACUAACUGAAAUCUAUCCCUGUCAUGUAAUUAAAUGUUCAGACUUUGGGCAUUAGUUUUCCUCUCACUGCAUUGAAUUGUUCUGUUCCAGAGGAUCAUAAAUACAGAGUGUUGAAAGAGGAUGGUCAACAUGGAGUUUUAUAUCCAUUUGUAAAUUACUGUAUGUCAGAUUUGUUUCUUAGCUCUCAGGAUACUGGCGGCAAUUGUAUCUGCAUUUGCGACCAGUGCAGAUCAAGAUCAGCCUGCAUGUCCAUGCAGUCUGAUCGUGAUCUGCACUGUUCGCUGUUCAGUCAGUAAAUCUUCAGUGAAUACCCCUAUGAACUAUAAAUGGUAAUGUCCAAAUUGAAAAAUAGAGUAGUUCAUUUUAGAAACUUAGCAUGAUAAGAGUUUGCACAAGAUUUCUACAGGUUUUGUACAAAGUAACUUAAUUUACUGCUGUUGAGCAAGGUUUAUUUGUUGUAAAGAAAAUGCUUUCUUUGAUAGUUUGGUAGAAGUCCACAAGAUACAUUUUGUAUUUACAAGAUAUUUACAAGAUUGCGUAUUUGUUAUGUAUACUUAUUAUAUUUAGACAUUAUGUCAGAUCUCAGGUAGUGGUGUUUUAUCUAUGUCCGUCUUGUUGUAAACCAAUGUUGUGUUCUCUGUGUGUGAACUGCUACAGUAUUUCAACUUUUUUGAGAAAAUAACCCAGUACCUGCAGAAGUGUGGAAUGUUUGCAGUAUUUUCUCAGAUAAGGAUUUAUGUUAUAUGUAUAUUCUUACAUUUGCAAGGAAAUCUGAUAAAUGUGUGACUUGUACACUUUUGUGUACUUUUCUCUCUUUAUAUAUUUAUAAAAAUUACUCUUUUUAAUGAGGUGGGUUUCUAGAUUUUGACUGGGAAUUUAAAAAAAGAAAAGAAAUACAAUUUUCAAAAGGGAAUAUGACCCAAUUUUAGGAUAUAAAAUCAGUAAAAGAAUAUUUGGUUUAUUUUCUUCAUCGGUUGCUAAUACACUCAAAUCUGUGCUAAAGGCCACCUGUUUAUGGGGACUACAUGGCUAAAAAAAAGCUCUAUUUCAUUUCUGAUUUAAACAUUUGUAGUGUAUUGUAACCUGAGAAUGAAGACCACAUCACAUACUUUGGCUGUCUGGCUGGUGGUCAGUGUAGGAGGUUUGACUGUAUACGAUUUUGGAAAGUAGAAUCAUCCGGUUGAAUAUAUAAACAUGUUUAAGCUACACCUCUUUAAUAAUUCUUCUUAAAUAUUGCUAUUUUUUGAAUUUUUGGCUACCUGGCCUUUGAUGUUACAUAGCUGUAUUUAAUGACUUUUCAUGUUUUGAUAAAGACCAGGUGGCCGAAAAUUCAGUAAAGGGUGAUUUUUAACAAGAAUGAUUAUACCUACUUCCCUAUGGAAGAUGUUUGAAUGAGUACACCUUAAAAGUUUGGUUUGUGUGUUUCCCAAAAAAGUUGUUUUUUGUCCUCUGCCUGUCUUGCCUGUCCAUCACAAAGUUGUCUUUUUAGGUUUUAAGCAUUUUAUUUUCAAAUAGUUCACUUUAUUACCAAAAAUGUUACGACAACAUGCAUCAAAGGUCAAAUAGGAUAGUUUUACAUUUACCAUGAAAAUAUUUUCAAACAACUUAGUGAAAUUGCUAACCAUUUUGAGAAAAUUUGUAGAAUUUUUUUUUUACUCUUUUCUCUUUUUUUAGGACGAGUAUUUUUUAUACGCCCAUUACCUCAGGCAUUCUUGGACUAUGGCCCUUGAAUUACUUGAAAAAUUGCGAAUUUAGCCUUGUCCGCUCUCUAAGUCAAACACUUUUCAUCCGGUCAUCCACAGACUUGCAGAUAAUGUUUGUAGGCAUAAUGUCUGAGCCAAGAUCGAUAACCAGCCAAAUUGCUCCAGGCACUUUUCAUACAUUUAAACUAAUUGGUGAAUUUGAACAUAGCAUAUUUUUAAAUGAUAAAAAAUGGAAGCUGAAAGAAUUGAUGAAAUAAUUCAGAUAUUCUAUAAAGAUUAAUACAGACAUGCUUUUGAAGCAAUAUGUGUUCAUAAAUUUUAUUAAGACAACAUGAAAUUAUUUAUAUUUUAGAUACAGUAUAUCUUCUAGAUUUACUAUGACAGUUUUGUCUGUUACCGGUCAGAGUGGAUUGAGAUGACUUUACUUGUAAACUUAUACCAUUGUUAUAAAUUGAGCCGUUCCGUGAGAAAACCAACAUAGUGGCUUUGCGACCAGCAUGGAUCCACACCAGCCUGUGCAUCCGGGCAGUCUGGUCAGGGUCCAUGCUGUUUGCUUUCAAAGCCUAUUGCAAUUAGAGAAACCAUUAGCGAACAGCAUGGAUCCUGUCAAGACUGCGCGGAUGUGCAGGCUGGUCUGGAUCCAUGCUGGUCACAAAGCCACCAUGUUGGUUUUCUCAUGGAACAGCUCAAUUCUUUAUUUUCAGUUGUUUGAAGGGAAUGUUAGAUUAAUUUAAUGGUAACCUGUUGAAUAGGGAAUAUUAUAAUUAAAAUACUGUCAAAUAAUACAGAUCUAUCAUCAUUUUGAUUUUCAUAUUUGACAAUGUUUUAGCCCAUUGGCAUUCCCUUCCUGACAACAUUUUUUAGUAACAACAAGGUUCCUCUAGUGUUCUGCAGCAAAAGCAUUUAUACAUAAGGAAAAAGUCUUUAAGCUGGGCUAAUGCUGUAAGUUGUAUAUUGUAACUUGUUACCAGUGAUGUCUUAGAAAUUGUACAUAAAGAAUCUUUAUUAAUAGA